AUGGUUGUUGGACGUAGCUCGCCGCGUGGAGGAUGUAGCGAGGUUACGGGGCAGGUAUGGCUGGCAGGUGAGAGUGCGGUGCAGAGCAGUUACGGCAUAGUGGAGUGCCAUUGGAGGCACAGAGCUGCCAAUCCUGUCGGGCUGGCGGAUCAAUUGUCUCUGGGCUCUUACACGCCGCCAUCAGCGGCUGCCGGUGUACUUAUCCCGCACGAGGAUCAGCUCGCAUUGGGAGCGUAUGCACCGCACUCAGCAGCUGCCCUGGUGGAACCGUCAUCCUUCCCGCCCCUCUUCUCGCCCGACCUGCUCACCCGCGCCACUGCUCAUGCUGCUGCCAGAGACAGCAGGGGGGACGGCAUAGAGGAGGCGGGGCAGCGGCUGGUGGAGCUGCGGGAGAGGAAGCAGCAGAUCCACGAUGACACCAUCCUGCUGGCUGCUCAGCGGCUGGUGGAGCUGCGGGAGAGGAAGCAGCAGAUCCACGACGACACCAUCCUGCUGGCUGCUCAGCGGCUGGUGGAGCUGCGGGAGAGGAAGCAGCAGAUCCACGACGACACCAUCCUGCUGGCUGCUCAGCGGCUGGUGGAGCUGCGGGAGAGGAAGCAGCAGAUCCACGACGACACCAUCCUGCUGGCUGCUCAGCGGCUAGUGGAGCUGCGGGAGAGGAAGCAGCAGAUCCACGACGACACCAUCCUGCUGGCUGCUCAGCGGCUGGUGGAGCUGCGGGAGAGGAAGCAGCAGAUCCACGACGACACCAUCCUGCUGGCUGCUCAGCGGCUGGUGGAGCUGCGGGAGAGGAAGCAGCAGAUCCACGACGACACCAUCCUGCUGGCCGUGCAGUGUGUGGUGGACCCUCUGCGUGACCAGAGCCAGCAGCACACGGCAGCAGCCGAUGCCAAUCUGACUGCUGCAGUGCAGCGCUACCUCUCUCUCGCUAAAGAGGUCGCUUCUAAAGUGGACAGGGACCUGCUCCCCUGGAUGCAGCGCAACCCCCCGCCUCGCCCCAUCAAGAUUGGCCCUCGAGCCUCCGCUGUGCUCUCGCAGCACUCCGCUCUCCUUCAGGUGGGCUCCCAUCCCAGGUGCCUCCCUCACUCCCUCCCUCACUCCCUCCCUCACUCCCUCCCUCACUCACUCCCUGUUUUGAGGCGCCUCAAACAAGACUCUGCUGUGCCCUCUCAGCACUAUCUCCUACAGGUGGGCUCCCAUCCCAGGUGCCUCCUUCUCUCACAGUGA